UCUCGAUCAUCACAAGUGGAAUAAUACAAGUGAACCAAGAUGAAAGUUACUCUGCUAGCUGUGGUGGCACUCACUACAGUGGCUUCUUUAGUUGGAGCCGCCGAUCCUGAAUGUAUAUACCGGAAAAUUCGAGGCCUCUCGACGCACUGGCCAAAACCUUUGAGUUGUUCAACCUACUACCGUUGCUCGUCAAAGAGCACCGUUCGCACCGUAACUUGUCCAGCUGGCAAGGAGUACAACGCCAAAACUGGCAAGUGCUCUACAGCAAGACGCGGUCUCUGCAAGCUUAGCCUUGUAGCUCCACUUGCCGAGACCACCAAUGUGUGUUCUGAAGAGGUUAACGGAGCUUAUAUAGCCAAGAGUGAUUAUUGUGGUGAGUUCUACAUCUGCGAUGAGCAGCUGGCCUACCCACAGAAAUGCGAUUCGGGAAGCUUCUUUAACGAAACUCUAAGUGCCUGUAUUCCGGAUACUAACUCCACUUGCUGGCAGAACCUGUGUGUCGGAAAGACUAGUGGUACAUAUUUGGCCAACGAUAACAACUGCGGUAGCUACUAUGAGUGCUCGGAUGGAGCAGCCACUCUUCAGACUUGUGCUCUGGGCAGCUUCUACAACACGACUGUUGAUGCUUGCACCGUCGAUACUGGAAACACUGAAUGCUGGACUAACUUCUGCAUUGGAAAGGAUGAUGGAUCAGCUGUGGCUGAUAAGUCUAGCUGCACCACAUUUUACGUGUGCUACAACAAUACCGCCACAGCUCAGGAAUGUCCCGAAAAUAGUCACUUUGAAGAUACUAACUGGGGUUGUGUUCCCGGUACUUGUACCACGGAGGCACCUUGCGAUGAUUCGACGACGACAACCACAGAACCUUGCGAUGAUUCGACAACGACAACCACGGAACCUUGCGAUGAUUCGACAACGACAACCACUGAACCUCCAACGUCCUGCGAUUGCGGUGACAUUAAGAACGCCGAAUUUGUUCCCGAUAAGGACAAUUGCCGCAAGUACUUCAUUUGCAUUGAUGGCACCCUAGUUGCCGGAGAUUGCGGUAAGGGCAAUUUGUUUAACUCCACCCUCAGCGUUUGUGUUGUCGAUGAGAAGAACGAAUGCUGCGUAGCGGAUUGCACGGAUGGAGACGUGCAACUCGAUGUCCAGGACUGCACCAAGUACUUCAAGUGUCAAAGUGGCGACUGGGUAUCCACGUGCUGUGAAAGUGGAAGUUUUUUUAAUGAGACCCUGAAAGCUUGUGAAGUUGAUGUGAAAAACGUGUGCAUCGACAGUGCAACCACCUCAACAGCGAUUCCUGAGACUACCCGCCCUGUUUCCCUUUCUGUUGACGAAUGUAGUGCCCGAGAUCUCCCAGCCAGUGGCAAAAAUUGUUGGAGCUACAGUGUUUGUAUCGAUGGCCAAUGGGUGAACGAGACUUGCUCAAAGGACUACUACUUCGACGCAUCCGUAGGCAUUUGCCGCGAGGAUUCAGGUGAUGUUUGUCCGGAAAAUAGAUCAAGUGGAUCGCGUCAGAAGAGAAGUGUGGAGGAUUGCACAUGCGAAGGAGGCAUUGAGCAGGGAAGCAUCAUAAACCACCCCACUGAUUGCGAUAAGUAUCUCAUCUGCGACAAUGGUCAGCUGGUGGAGGGCUUGUGCGGUGUGGGCAAUGUCCUUCAGAACGGCGUCUGUGUUCCGGAUGCCAAAGCUACCUGCUGGGUUUGCUCCAACAGACCGAAUGGCUAUCAAAUGCCGAAUCCGACAGACUGCACCAGUUAUUUGACUUGCUGGAAUGGCCUGGCUACGGAGCACUCUUGUGGAUCCGGUGAAUGGUACAAUGGCGAUAAUGAAUGCGCUGUCGAUGUGAAUGCGAAGUGUAUUAACCCAUGCACCUGCGCCAAUGGCAAUGUGGCCCAUCCGAUUUGCACUGAGUACUUCCAGUGCACGGACGGUGUGGCCAAGGUGGUGGAAUGCCCCUCUGGAGAAGCCUUCGACUCGGAAACUGGUCUGUGCUCAGCAACCGUUGAGUGCUCGGCCAAGAAUUGCGCCACCGCCAGUGAUGGCACCACUUAUCCCGUGGCUGGAGACACCAGCAAAUUCUACGUGUGCCUCAACCACGAGGUCAGCAUAGUAUCCUGUCCAGUGAACUCUGGUUACUCUGCACUCCUUGGCUUUUGCCAAUCCCAACCAAGCACCGAUUGCGAUCAAAGCGUUUGCAAGACUGCCACUGAGUACUCAACAUAUCCAUCUCUUAAUAACGAUUCCUCUACCUUCUGCCUGUGCGAAAAUGGUGGCGGAUAUAUAAACUCCUGUCCCACGGGCUUGUUCUACGACGCAGCUGAAGAAAGCUGCACUUUCAGCGGAAACUGCGAUCCUCAGGUUUGCACCGGCGAGGAGGAGUACUAUGUGUCUCCAGACUAUGAGGACCCAAAUAGCUUCUGCUUGUGCCGCGCUAACGAUCCUGUCUCAGUGCCCUGCCCCAUUGGCUACACUUUCGAUAGCACAACACUCGAAUGCGUUCUCAUUCCCCAGCCGGACCCGCGUUGUUGCCGCAAUGGAUGCGUAGGAAAAAAUAACUUUUAUACUCUCCCGGCCCUCGAUACAACCGAUGGAUUCUGCCUCUGCGUGGAUGAGGUUCCCAAAUACGUCAACUGCUUGGAUAAUGCCCAAUAUGACGCCGAAUUAGGCGCUUGCAAAAGCACUGAUGAAGAAACCACCUGUGCUGCGAAUGCUUGUGAAGCCACCAUUUGUGAGAAUGAAUCGGACUACAAUACAUUCCCCGUCGCAAAUAUACCAUCCGGGUUUUGCUACUGCCUUAACUACUGCCCAAUAUAUAGGGAAUGUUUAGAUAAUCUGGUCUAUGACGAGAAGUUAAAACUUUGUUAUGAACCAGAGGAUGAAUCCGUAGCUGCCCUUUGCGAUGCCGACAAGUGCUCAUGCUAUACUGAUUUCGAGACCUUCCCAACUAAAUCACCUGCCGAAAAUAGCAAUUCCUUCUGCUAUUGUAAUGGUGAUGAGGUGUUCCUUGGAGUGUGCGGCCCUGAAAUGGUAUACCUGGAGGAUCAACAACGUUGCGGAGUUAUAGCGGCAUCCGAGUGCAUUUGCGAAGCGGGUAAAUGCGACACAUUGAAUGACUACACCCCCUAUCCAGCUCUGGAUACAGAUGAAGGCUUCUGCUUGUGCGUGGAGGGAACACCGAUCUAUAAGGAAUGCAAUGACGAUGCCACUUUCAAUUCCCUCAUAGGUGCCUGUAUUGCGACCUCCACCAAGAUAAGUGAAGCAAGCCUUUGCGAUGCCACUCGAUGCCAUAGCCGUGCCGUUGUGGCCUCCACGUUUGCUGCCCAAAAUACAAGCAGUGGAUAUUGCAGCUGCCAGGAUGUGGGAGUUUCCACCUUUACCAGUUGUGCCGAUGAGCACGUUUACGAGGAAAGUGUGGGAUCCUGUGUGGUCAAGGCUUGCGAUUAUACAAACUGCCUGGACAAGGCUUUCUUCGCUACGUUCGAAGCGAAGAAUACCACAGAAGGGUUCUGUUCCUGCGAUGGUUUGCCAACAUUCCAUCAUUGUCAAACCGGUCAAGUGUUUGACACAGUCCAGGGAUUGUGUAUUCUAAAGGACACCAUUGCUAUGAUCUCUUGCAACUUGAAGGAAUGUCUAAAGCGAACUCAAUUCGAGCCGUUUGCUGCCGAGAACACCAAGUCAGGAUUCUGUUCCUGUGAUGACCAGGCGCGUAUUAGUGUCACCUAUCAUCCAUGUCCCGAAGGCCUGGUCUUUGACGCCAAGCUCGGCAUGUGUAACAGCCACAUCAUCCAGAAGCGUUCCUUGGAGGCGGAGGAAAACAUCUGCGACAUGGAUGAGAAGCGUUCGGUGCCAGCAAACUGUUCCCAGUACGAGGUGUGCAUUGAUGGCCACUGGCGUCGACGCACUUGCUCUGACCAACGAUACUACAAUCCAGAACAGCAGCGAUGCCUAGAACCGCGUGAUGAUCUGGUCUGUGCCUAUGCAAAGGUAUCAAAUCUACCGCCCUGCACCAAUGUCAGCGAGUCCCAGACAGUUAUGGCUAAAAGUGGCAACUGUCUUCAGUACUUCCGCUGCUCCGGUAGCAAAUGGCGCCUUCGCAAUUGUCCCAAACAGCACUACUACUCUCCAACGAUAGGAUCAUGUCUACCAUGGCCGAGGGGUCAUGAGCAGGAAAAGAAUCAAACCAAUUGCAGUUUGGCUAGAAGCCAUUUAGCUGGUUCUACCACCCAGAAUUGCCAGCACUUGGCAGUGCGCCCAUCGUCGGCAGGUGGCUGUCACAGUUACCUGAUGUGCCUGGAUAACUACUGGUGGCUACAUCAGUGUCCCUUGGGCAUGUACUUCAGUCGAGAGCACAACUACUGCCUACCUAAUGACGCCGAACAGUGUUCCUUGCCCGUGGAACGGAGUGGGUUGAACUGCUCCUCCGGAGAUAGCCGAUCAUUGGUAGGCAGUUGCCAUAGCUAUGAGUUGUGUUCGAAUGGGCAGUGGAUACGGAAGCGGUGUCAGGAAAGAGAGCAAUUCGAACCAAUGCUGGGCUGUGUGCCUAGCGAUGGAAGUUGCCAUGACAACGGAAUGAGACGCAUCUGCCGGGAGGGAGAGCUCAAGGCUCAAUUUGGCAGAAACUGCUCUCAAACAUUCCUUUACUGUGAGGCAGAGGAAUGGCACACGGGCAGCUGUCUGAGGGGUCAUAGUUUCGCCGGUAAUCUCAACAAGUGUCAGUUGCAGUCUCAAUGCCAACUACAGUUGAGGGAUCUUCCAACUGAGAAUCAGUGUCUGGGUCAGUUGGAUGGCCUAAGCGUCCCAGAUCCCUCGGACUGUACUCAAUUCUAUCUUUGCAUGCAACAAGUUCCUGCCUUCCUGCAAAGCUGUACCUCUGGUAGCUUUUUCGACUCUGUUAAAGGAUACUGCCGCCCGAACGAUGGCUCCUGCCAACUGGCAAUUUGUUCGGGAUUAGAAGAUGGUAAACUAGUGGCAAAUCCAAAGGACUGCCGUUCUUACUACAGCUGCUCCAGCCAGAAUGGAACUAGACUAAUACAGUGUGAUGAGGGUCAGUACUUCCAUAGCUUGCUUUCGAUUUGUCGAGUGGACCAUGGCCAGUGCAGAAACGUUUCCAAUGACGAGGACACUGAAACUAAGCCAAAGUUGUGCUCCGGACUGCACGGAGUAAAACUCCCUCAUGAGCUCUAUUGCAAUUUGUACUAUGCCUGCGUGAAGGGAUUAGCUAUUCCCGUUGAGUGUCCCAUACAACAUCAAUUCAAUCCGGUACUAUCCAUCUGUGAACCGGAAUCACAGGCCCUACAGCCAUGUCUUAAUGGUCAGUUGGAUGGUAAUGUGAGUUAUGUUUACAGCUGUGGAAACCUCCAAGAUGGCAGCUUCCUAGCAAAUCGGACUGACUGCACUCGGUACUUCAUCUGCGCCGGAGGAGUGGCUACUGCUCAGCGAUGUAAUGCCAGAACCUUUUUCGAUCCAGAGAAACUAGUCUGCGUCGCAGACGAUGGCUCUUGUCCACUGGUAGAAUCUGUUCCAGAUGAUGACGACGAUCCCAAUAACCAAUAUAUUCCCCCAGAUCCGCUUGUUUGCGAAGGCAAAAAUGGAUAUAUUAUGCCCGAUCCGGCCAACUGCAAUAACUUUUACCUGUGCGUCUCUGGAAAACUCCGCCAUGAGCUAUGCUAUACGGAUUACUUUUUCAAUGCCACAUUGCAGCAAUGUCAGGCCUAUGAGAUCAUCUCUGAUGGGGUUAAUCCAACAGAUAAACCGGUAGAAGCUCGACAGAUGGAUCUGGUUGGUCAGGAGAAGGCUACGACGACCGGAAUCUGCAAAGACGCUGCCACCACAUUUGCGGGAAUAUGUGAAGUUAUCGGAAAUGGUGCUUCCGUAGCUGAGCAAGGUGACUGUCGCAGAUAUACCAGUUGCGAAGACGAUGAAGCCGUGUCCCAAAGAUGUCGCAAUGGCGAAAGUUUUGACAGUCUUUUGGGAAUCUGUCGCCAGAAUGAUGGUACCUGUCUAAUGGAAAACGGAGAAAGAGUUGGAAUAUGCAAUGGAAAGCAUGGACAGUUGGCUCGAGAUGCAGACAACUGCCGGGGAUAUUUCACUUGUGUCCAUGGACAAAAGAUCGAUGGAGAAUGCGCCCAUGGAGAGUUCUUUAACAAGCUGACAAGCGUCUGUGAAGUGGAUGUCCUGCAGCAGUGCAAAACUGAUACAGACGACGUCAUCAGCAGUGACAAUCUCGGUUAA